AUGUCGACAAAGACCGUGACGACGGCCACCGCCGUGGAACGCAACCCCAAAGACUCCAUCAAGGCGACAUGGCAAAGCGCCGACAAGAAGACCUGGUCGGUAUGGCACUGGUUCUUUGAGAUCCUGUCCGUCCACCCCGAGGAGCUCGGUAAGCCCAUCCCCGUCUUCGCCAAGACGGACAAGGUGCCCAACUCCAACGCCCGGCACAUCCACCGGUGGGUGCUGUCCUACGCGGCGGUGCCCAUGCUGCUUCACUACGCCUACUACCGGUACACGGGGCAGAACCUGACCUUGGGCUGGGCGCUCGCGCUGUACGGCGCCUGGCUCAAUCUGACGGCAAUCCGCGAGAUCCAGGUGAUCCGGCGGCUCGGGCAGGUCUACGGCUACCUCGACGGCGACAAGCACGCACGCGACGGCAUCCCCGACGUGCGCGUGCGCGAGGUCGUCACCUCGCUGCUCCUCACCUCGACGCUGCGGCCGGCCAUGGCCAUGGGCCUCGCCUGGGACGGCAACCUGACGCCCGACUCGCUGCUCGGCUGGCCGCUGGCCUGGCUCCUCGUCGAGCUCACCAUGUACCCGCUCAUGGUCGACUUCUGGUUCUACUGGUACCACCGGGCGAUGCAUGACAUCCCCUGGCUCUGGCAGUUCCACCGCACGCACCACCUCACCAAGCACCCCAACACGCUGCUCGCGCUCUACGCCGACGGCUGGCAGGAGCUUUUCGACAUCGUCGUCAUCCCCGUGCUCGCCUUCGCCAGCUGCCGCCUGAUGGGCCUGCCGAUGGGCUUCUACGAGACCUGGAUCUGCUACGAGUACGUCAUCUUCAUCGAGCUCUUCGGCCACAGCGGCCUGCGCAUCCGCGGCUCGCCGGCGCUCACCGCGGGGCCGUUCCUGCGUUAUUUCAACAUGGACCUCGCCAUCGAGGACCACGACCUGCACCACCGCACCGGCUGGAAGAAGAGCCACAACUACGGCAAGCAAACGCGCUUCUGGGACACCCUCUUCAACACCAAGACGGACCGCAUCGAGACGUACGAGGAGAAUGUGGACUAUUCCGUCGACGUCACGGUCCCGAUUUUCUAG